AUGAGUCUUGUUAGUGAUUUAAGUAGAGUAGACAAAGGUUUUGUGAAGCUUCUUGUUGAUGAUUCUCGUUGUGAGGUUUUUGUGAAGAAUUGUGUUGACUUAGAGGAAGAAGACUUGACUAAGAUACUAUCUGAAUGUGACAGAGCUAGCCUAAAGGUGUUGAAUCUUGAUCUUUGCGGACGAGCUAUGACGGAGAACGCUAUAACUGAGUUCUUGAAACUCUCUCCCUCUGGUUUCCCUUCAUUGACUAGGCUAUCUUUACAAGGAACGUUUUGUUUGACAGAUAAUGCGUUGGCUUUGGUAUCUAAAUCAGCUCCUCUGCUUCGGGUUGUUAACCUCUUUGAAUGCUCGCUUCUCACUUUCCAAGCUGUUUGUAUUCUGCUUGGUGCCGUUCAUGGAAUCGUUGAGUCUCUGUUCAGAAGGUACACCGAGAACGGAAUGAGUGAAGAGCUGGCUUACAAGAACACAGUAGAAUGCAUCACAGGAACAAUCUCGAGGACUAUCUCUACUCAGGGAAUGUUGGCUGUCUACAACUCUUUGUCUGAAGAAGGCAAAAAGGAUUUCGAGACUGCAUACAGUGCAUCCUUCUAUCCUUGUAUGGAGAUUCUGUAUGAAUGUUACGAGGAUGUAGCUGCUGGUAGUGAGAUCAGGAGUGUUGUCUUAGCUGGUCGUCGCUUCUAUGACAAGGAAGGCUUGCCUGCAUUCCCAAUGGGAAAGAUUGAUCAGACAAGAAUUUGGAAGGUUGGUGAACGUGUCAGGAAGUCAAGACCAGCUGGUGACUUAGGUCCGUUAUAUCCCUUCACUGCUGGAGUUUACGUUGCCCUUAUGAUGGCUCAGAUUGAUAUCUUGAGGAAGAAGGGUCACUCGUACUCAGAGAUCAUCAACGAGAGUGUGAUUGAGUCUGUUGAUUCUCUAAACCCGUUUAUGCAUGCUAGAGGAGUAUCCUUCAUGGUGGACAACUGCUCGACCACAGCGAAAUUGGGAUCAAGGAAAUGGGCACCGAGGUUCGACUACAACCUGACCCAACAAGCUUUGGUGGCUGUGGACAAUGGUGCACCAAUCAACAAAGACUUGAUCAGCAACUUCUUUGCUGAUCCAGUCCAUGGUGCUAUCGAGGUUUGUGCACAGCUCAGGCCUACCGUUGAUAUCUCUGUGCCUGAAGAUGCAGAUUUUGGAAUGUAAAAUCUGCAUUCCAAAAGAUGGCCCAGACUGUAUCACCGUUGACCAAGACAGCAAUAGUAACACUGAUAUGGCUGGAUUUGAAGACUCUGCAGCAGGAAACGCUUUGUCGACAAAGACUGGAAACUUGGCAAAUGCAAAAUGUGUCCGCCUUGACAUCAGUUUCAAAACGCCAUCGCAUACGGGUCUUCAAACCACACAAUUGGUGUUUAUUUUAUUCUUUUUCUCAGCAAGAUAUUUGUUUACAUUAUAGUUAAAUGAGACAUAACCUUAUUUCCAAAACAUUAAUUGAAGUUACAUGAUUGUAUUCAGUUUGCUGUGACCUUAUACUUGUUCGAUUUAUACUUGUCUAGUCUGAAAA